GUGGGGGCAAAGAUGGCGGAGCUGAUGCUCAUCAGCGAGAUUGCCGACCCGACGCGUUUCUUCACCGACAACCUGCUGAGCCCAGAGGACUGGGACUGUGCCCCGUAUACUGGCCUGGAUGAAGUGGCGGAGGAGCAGACGCAGCUAUUCCGUUGCCCCGAGCAGGAUGUCCCGUUUGACGGCCGGUCCCUGGACGUGGGGAUGGAUGUCAGCCCCCCUGAGCCCCCAUGGGACUCCCUGCCUAUCUUCCCAGAUCUUCAGGUGAAGUUUGAACCCUCCUCGCCCUGCUCUUCCUCCUCCCUCAGUUCCGAAUCAUCCCAUCUCUCUACAGAGCCCUUCAGCCAGGCCCCUGGUAUAGGUGAGGUGCUGGAUGUGAAGACAGAGUCCUUAGCACCCCCAUUAUGCCUCCUGGGGGAUGGUCCAACAUCCCCAUUUGAAACCGUCCAGAUCCAUGUUGGCCCCAGCUCUGAUGGUCCCUCAGAUGUACAGACCAAGAUCGAGCCUCUCUCUCCGCCCUCUUCCGUGCACUCGGAGCCUUCCCUGCUCUCAGCGGAAGCCCCCAGCCAGGCCCUCGUAGGAGAGGAGGUCCUGGAAGUGAAGACAGAACCCACCACCCCUCCGGGGUGCCUCCUUCGGGAUGUCCCGACCCCCCCGUUUGGAGCUGCCCAGAUGAGCAUGGGCCUGGCCCCUGAGGACUCCUCAGGCAAAGCCCUGCCCACCCGGAAGCCACCACUGCAGCCCAAGCCUGUGAUGCUGACCACCGUCCCACUGCCGCCCAGAGCCGUGCCCCCCAGCACCACCGUCCUCCUGCAGCGCCUCGUCCAGCCCCCUCCAGUGUCCCCAGUCGUCCUGAUCCAGGGUGCUCUUCGAGCCCAGCCGGAGGGCUCCGGCCCCGCUGCUCCACGGCCCGAGAGGAAGAGCAUCAUCCCAGCGCCCACGCCGGGGACCGCUCGCCCUCCCGAAGUCGAUGCGAAGCUGCUGAAGCGGCAGCAGCGGAUGAUUAAGAACCGGGAGUCAGCCUGCCAGUCCCGCAGGAAGAAGAAGGAGUACCUGCAGGGGCUGGAGGCCAGGCUGCAGGCCGUGCUGACCGACAACCAGCAGCUCCGCCGCGAGAAUGCCACGCUCCGCCGGCAGCUGGAGGCCCUGCUGACCAAGAACAGCGAGCUCAGGCUGGGCUCUGGGAACAGGAAGGUGGUCUGCAUCAUGGUCUUCCUCCUCUUCAUUGCCUUCAACUUUGGGCCUGUCAGCAUCAGCGAGCCCCCCUCCGCUCCAGUCUCCGCUCCAGGGAGUGGGGAGGAGGCUCGGCCCCGGAGGCACCUGCUGGCUUUCUCAGAGCAAGAACGGGUUCAUGGAGCUGCACCCCCCACCCGGGGCUCCUCCCAGGGACCCGAGGGCCCCCAGCCUGGCCCUGCUGGCCGACCCAGCUUCAGGAACCUGACAACCUUCCCAGGGGGCGCCAAGGAGCUGCUCCUCAGAGACCUGGACCAGCUCUUCCUUUCCUCCGACUGCCGCCACUUCAACCGGACCGAGUCCCUGAGGCUUGCAGAUGAGUUGAGUGGCUGGGUGCAGCGCCACCAGAGGGGGCGACGGAAGACUUCCCCAAGGGCCCGGGAGCGACAGAAGUCUCAGCUACGGAAGAAGUUGCUUCCUGUUAAGCCCAUCCCCACCCGACCCCCCGGCCCCCCAGAAAGGGGCUCUGUGGGCCAGCUGCAGCUGUACCGCCACCCGGACCGGUCCCAGCCCGAGUUCCUGGAUGCAAUUGACCGGAGGGAAGACACAUUUUACGUUGUCUCCUUCCGGAGGGACCACUUGCUGCUCCCAGCCAUCAGCCACAAUAAGACCUCCAGGCCUAAGAUGUCCCUGGUGAUGCCUGCCAUGGCCCCCAAUGAGACCCUUUCCGGCCGGGCGCCCUCCGGGGACUACGAGGAGAUGAUGCAGAUCGAGUGCGAGGUCAUGGGCACCAGGGUGAUCCACAUCAAGACCUCCACGGUGCCCCCCUCGCUCCGAAAGCAGCCCGCCCCAGCCCCCGGCAAUGCCACCGGGGGGCCCUUACCAGCUCCUGCAGACCACCAGCCCCUCUACCUCAAUCACCCCUGACCUCAACAACUCACACUGACUUCGCAUUGGGGAGUGGGAGGUAGGGUGACCCAGCGGGAAUAUUGUUCAUCCCCCACUCUCCGGGCUGGAGGCAAUCAGUCAGGGAUAGACGGGGUCUGGGGGUCAAGCACUUAUUUGGAGGUGGGGGUUCAUCUCUCACCCCUUCUUCAGAAGAUACUGCUCCUUUUCUUUCUACGGCCCCGGCCCCUGCUUCCUCCUCUGAGGGCAUUAAGUGAGCGGAGGGUUGGGGUGGGCUCUUGCACCCUCCGGGUCCGAGGAGGGACCAGGGAGGUUUGACGGCGUGUGUGUUCUAGAGCCGGGGAUUGGGAACAGGGGGGUUGGUGGGGAGAUCAGAUUGAUGGGUGUGCUUGUCUUCUUUUUUAUUAAAUCAACACCUUGGAAGGAUUCGAA